UUUCCUCUGCAACUGCGACCUUUCCUCGAGCAGCUAGACCACCAUGGCGACGGCGGUGGCGGCGACGGCCAUGCGACGCGGGCAACACCUUCCUCUCUCUCUUUCUCUCUGCUACAACCUCGCCGCAGUCGCCCUGCUCGUGGCGGUGUUCCUCCACGCGCCUCCGCGCGCGGGAGCGCAGCCGCUGCCGUGGCAACUGUGCAACGCCACCGCCGGCAACUACACGGAGGGGAGCACCUACCAGGCCAACGUGCGCGCGCUCGCCAGCGCCCUCCCCGGGAACGCGUCGUCUUCCCCGGCCCUCUUCGCCGAGGGCGCCGCCGGCACGGCGCCGGACGUGGUGUACGCCAUCGCGCUCUGCCGCGGCGACACCAACGCCUCCUCCUGCGCCGCCUGCGUCGCCACCGCCUUCGACACCGCGCAGCAGCUCUGCGCGUUCAACAAGCGCGCCACCCUGUUCAACGACCCCUGCAUCCUCCGCUACUCCGACCUGGACAUCCUCGCCAACGUCACCGACAACAGCGGGAGGUUCGUGGCCUGGAACUACAACAACGUCAGCGCGGCGAAGGCGGCGGCGUACGACGCCGCCUCCGGCCGGCUCGUCAACGCCACGGCGGACUACGCGGCGGCGGACCCGGUGAGGCGGUUCGGCACGGGGGAGGUCGGGUCCGACGACGCGACGUACCCGAGGAUCUUCUCGCUGGCGCAGUGCACGCCGGACAUGUCGGAGGCCGACUGCCGGAGCUGCCUCGGGGACAUAAUCAGGAAGGCGACGCCCAAGUACUUCGUCGGGAAGCCCGGCGGCAGGGUGUUCGGCGUACGGUGCAACUUCCGGUUCGAGGCGUACGAGUUCUUCUCCGGCCGGCCGCUGCUGCAGCUGUCGGGGCCGCCGCCGCCGCCGGCUAACAUGACACCACCGGUGACCAGUGAAGGAAGAACAAGCCAUAGAACAGGACGGAUCUUGGCCAUUACUCUGCCUAUUGCUGGAGCAGCAUUAGCCUUCAUUGCCUUGACAUGCUUUUGUUUCCGGAGAAAGAGAACACCAGCAAAUAAGGCCUCAUCACUGCCAUUCUCAACUAAUCCGGAUGAUAUUCAAAGCAUCGACUCGCUCCUUCUGGACCUAUCAACGCUACGGGCUGCAACAGACAACUUCGCUGACAGAAAUAAGCUUGGCGAAGGAGGGUUUGGUGCCGUUUACAAGGGAGUUCUUUCUGAAGGUCAAGAAAUAGCAGUGAAAAGGCUCUCACAAAGUUCAAGACAAGGGAUAGAAGAACUGAAAACUGAGCUAGUUUUAGUCGCAAAACUUCGGCACAAGAACCUUGUGAGCCUUGUUGGUGUUUGCUUGGAAGGAGAUGAGAAACUACUUGUGUACGAAUACAUGCCGAAUAAGAGCCUCGACACCAUUCUUUUCGAUUAUGAGAAAAGCAAAGAUCUUGAUUGGGGGAAGAGGCUCAAGAUUGUAAGCGGAGUCGCUCGAGGCUUGCAAUAUCUCCACGAAGAUUCUCAACUGAGGGUAGUUCAUCGGGACCUCAAAGCAAGCAACGUGCUGCUGGACUUCGAUCACAACCCAAAGAUCUCGGACUUUGGGUUAGCGAAACUGUUUGAGUGGGAUCAAACGCAAGACGUCACCAGUCACAUUGCUGGAACAUACGGAUACAUGGCGCCGGAGUACGCCAUGCGUGGGCAGUAUUCAGUCAAGUCGGACGCGUUCAGUUUCGGAGUUAUGAUCCUAGAGAUUGUCACGGGAAGGAGAAACAGCAGCUUCUCCAACUCGGAGCAAUCCAUUGACCUCUUGAGUCUUGUCUGGGAGCACUGGACAACGGGGACGAUCGAGGAGCUGCUGGAUCCGGCGAUGCGCGGCCGUUCAGCUGACGAUCUGCUGAAGCUGAUCAACAUCGGGCUGCUCUGCGUCCAGGACAACCCGGCGGACAGGCCGACGAUGUCGGCGGUGAGCGUGAUGCUCAGCAGCGAGACGUUCUCCAUCCAGGCCCCGUCGAGGCCAACGUUCUGCAUCCAGGAGACGGACAGCGCCGCCGACACGGAUCUCUACUCGAGCGCGCUUCGGUCCACCGGCGACAGCAAGACGAGAGCAGUGGCGUCGCCGAAUGAGGUGUCGCUCACCGAGCUGGAGCCAAGAUGAGUGUUUGUUGGAGCGAUUUGUGCAGAUGAGUAGAUGACUGCAUGAUCUUCUUCUCAAUAACUAAAGAAUCAACUCAUGGGUCAUGGCCUCUGCACUCGUUUGUCUAUAAUAAAGAAUAGAUAAAAGGAAGUGUCAUAGUGGUUAUGCAGAAUGUAACUCAGUUUGAUACUGGUUGUAACUCUGCAAAGAUUGUUCCCACCUGUAUAUUAUUAUAGUUACACCGUCCAUGUCGAUUACAGCAAUCAGAAUAAUUACACCUGUAUAUGGAAUGCCGCAUGUUAGAGAUUGUA